AUGAUGAAUUCCUCCCUGGAUCCGCUGAACCGGAGCUCUGCCGAUCUGUCCAACUUCUCCGCUCCGUUCUGCCUGCUUGAGAUUAGCUAUUCCAAAAUCAUCACGACCUGCUUGCUGGAAGUCUCCAUUAUUCUUCUUCUCACCAUUCUGAUUAUUUCAGGCAACCUGGUGGUGAUUUUUGUUUUUCACUGCGCCCCUCUGCUCAGCCAGCACACAACCAGUGCUUUCAUCCAGACUAUGGCGUACGCCGACUUGCUCGUGGGUGUAAGCUGCCUCUUCCCUUCCUUGUCCUUGCUUCAUCACCUCCAAGGACUUGACCCCAAGCUCACCUGCCAGGUGUUUGGAUAUAUGGUAUCCGUUUUGAAGUCUGUCUCCAUGGCGUCGUUGGCAUGCGUGAGUGUGGACCGCUACAUUGCUAUCACGCGACCCCUGACCUACGCAGCUCUGGUAACACCGUGUCGAGUGCGCUUCUGCAUCGUUUUGAUAUGGUUGUACUCCGCGCUGGUGUUCCUGCCGUCGUUCCUCGGCUGGGGGAAGCCCGGUUACCACGGCGAUGUGGUAGAGUGGUGCGCCGUCAAGUGGAGUACCCGGCCGGCGUUCACGACCUUCAUUGUCGGGCUGCUCUACGCCCCGGCCGCCCUCACGGUCUGCUUUACUUACGCAAACAUCUUCAAGAUCUGCCGACAGCACACGCGGGAAAUCAGCGAACGUCAAGCGCGUUACCGGCCCCAGGCGCACCUCGACCCAGGUUUGACAUCUGGAUUGCCCGUCAAGGACAAGAGCGAUGAAGACCAAAGCAAUUCACCCAGUUUAUUCAAAUCCCAGAAACAAUACCAACAACAGUCUUCGCCAUACCCGGACAAACGGUACGCCAUGGUACUGUUCCGCAUCACCAGUGUUUUCUACCUCCUUUGGUUGCCCUACAUACUUUACUUUCUGCUGGAAAGUGGUGGAAUUUACCACCAUCCCGCAGCAUCCUUCUUCACCACUUGGCUGGCUAUUAGCAACAGCUUUUGUAAUUGUCUCAUCUACAGCCUCUCCAACUCGGCCUUUAGAAAGGGGCUGAAACGCCUCUGCUCCUACUGUUUACAGCGUAGUGCCGGUGACUUCGGAGUGAGGAAACCCCAAAAAUCAUUUAUCGGUUCUAUUGAACAGGGAUGGACUGGGACAGGAUUCGGAUCCGGAGGGCACGGAGACAUAGGAAUCGGCACGUGUCAUGUGUAA